CCGCGCGCACGGACCUCGCUCAAACGCCUCAGAUGAAGGAAUACGAAUAGUAGUUUCUACAGGCGGCGCUUUUUUCCCCUUCUUCUCCAUUUUGAUAAGGAAAAAAAAAAGUUAAUAAAAACAAAUUCAUAAAACACUGUUACACCAUCUGGAGUUUUCUGUCAGAAAUUCUGGAGAAAAAAAAAAAAAAAAUACAUGGACAAAAUUGAACGUGAACAAGCCUCCCUACUUCUUUCAACGUUCCCGAAGACACCUCGCCCGGCGGGGAGGACUUAUUGAGGGUCUUUAUUGCUGUUAUGCAGCAAGCCGCCGAGCAGUUUUAACGCGUGUGCGUGAUCAUUUCGGUUUCACUAUGGCAUGGGAGCCGCGUCAGUAAUGGCGGCGACGGCGGGGCGCACUUCACCCUGCGCAUCAACUCAGUGCAGUCCGUGAUUUGACCUGGAUUAUUUAAACCUCACUGCUAAUCUCGCAAAUUGGCUAAGAGAGUCGUAGAGAUAAAAGUGUGAGUGAAGCUUACGCAGUAGGAGUGGGGAGGAGGGGAAGGAGACAGUGGAAGUUGUGAGAAAUGAGGAGGAAACGCGACUCGAUGGCCGCUCCUACCCUCUCCGUAGGCGUGGACAGCCCGUUUAAAUUUAGUCGAAACCUGUUUUGUAACCAGUUUUUUGCUCUUUAAACGACACGUUGAUGUUACAGGACGGGAUGGAGGGUUUGUGAGGCGGGACACGCAGGAUGGGUCUUGUGAAGCACCGCUGAUCUCUGCACCAACUUUAGAGAACUUCUCAAAAGUGGAGCAGCAUGGCGCUUUUUGGUCGGAGGAGCCGCUCUAAGCUUAUGCUCUUCAUUUUUGGCGUCUGCGUGGUCGGAUAUGUGAUAUUUUCCAGGAACUCGGAGGUGGAGGCGCCCAUCAAGCGGGGAAUUUCUACGCACGAAUACCGCGACAAGGACGACGAGGCACUAAAAAGACCGGUUUAUGACAAGCCCCCGCUCGAUUUAAACGCUCUGGGUGAGAUGGGCAGAGCGGUCAAACUGGACUUGAACGACGAGGAGCAGCGAAAGCAGGAGGAAAGUAUAAAAAAGCACCAGAUCAACACGUAUCUGAGCGACAGGAUCUCCCUCCACCGCAGGCUGCCUGAACGCUGGAACCCGCUUUGCAGAGAUCUCAAGUAUGAUUACCGCAACCUGCCCUCCACAUCGGUGGUGAUUGCUUUCUACAAUGAAGCAUGGUCCACGCUACUGCGUACUGUGCACAGCGUGCUGGAGACCUCACCAGAUGUGCUGCUGCGUGAGAUCAUCCUGGUUGAUGACUACAGUGACCAAGAACACUUGAAACAGCCUCUUGAGGAUUACAUCUCCAAGCUGCAGAAAGUGCGACUCAUCCGUGCUAGGAAGAGGGAAGGUUUGGUGAGGGCACGACUCCUGGGGGCCUCCAUCGCUACAGGGCAUGUGCUCACGUUCCUGGACUGCCACUGUGAGUGCCAUGAGGGCUGGCUAGAACCCCUUCUCCACAGGAUAAAGGAGGAGGAGACGGCUGUGGUAUGCCCUGUUAUAGAUGUGAUUGACUGGAACACCUUCCAGUAUCUGGGCAACUCUGGAGAACCCCAGAUUGGUGGCUUUGAUUGGCGGCUGGUGUUUACCUGGCAUCCGAUUCCUGAGUACGAGCAGAAGAGGCGACGGUCCCAAACCGACGUUAUCAGGUCUCCCACAAUGGCUGGUGGCCUGUUUGCUGUCAGUAAGAACUACUUCCAGUACCUAGGCACAUACGAUACAGGAAUGGAGGUGUGGGGAGGGGAGAACCUGGAAUUCUCCUUCAGGAUUUGGCAGUGUGGAGGCAGCCUGGAGAUCCACCCCUGCUCCCAUGUGGGACAUGUGUUUCCUAAGAAGGCCCCUUACUCUCGCAGCAAGGCCCUUGCCAACAGUGUGCGUGCUGCUGAGGUCUGGAUGGAUGGGUAUAAGGAGCUGUACUAUCACCGCAACCCCCAUGCUCGUCUGGAGGCUUUCGGAGAUGUGACCUCCAGGAGGAAGCUCAGGCAGCAGCUGGGUUGCAAGGAUUUCAAGUGGUACCUGGAGAAUGUCUACCCUGACUUAAAUGUCCCAGAAGACCAGCCAGGGAUGUUUGGCAUGCUGAAGAACAAAGGGAUGCAAAACCACUGCUUUGAUUACAACCCCCCUGAAGAACACAAAGUGGUGGGUCAUCGAGUCAUUCUUUAUCCGUGCCAUGGCAUGGGUCAGAACCAGUUCUUUGAGUACUCCAGUCAGAACGAGAUUCGGUACAACACGCGAGAACCAUCAGGCUGCGUCACGGUGGACUCUGGGACUGAUUACCUGACGGUGCAGCUGUGCAGCAAGCCCAGACAGCCUGUGCCUGAAGAACACAAGUUUGUUCUGAAAGAGGAUGGCACCCUCUACCAUGUGGUGACAAACAAGUGUGUGGAGGCUGUGCAGAAGUCCAAUAGUGGUGGGCCUGCUCCAGUCCUCAGGCCCUGCUCUGACUCUAUCUAUCAGAAGUGGUUCUUCAUGGAGAGGACAUAGCCCAGCAGUUGGGUUGAGAGCAUGGGACACAGGCUAAGCUUGGGACAUCCUGCUGCUGAUCUCCAGUGGUAUCCUGAAAGGUAGCUCAGAUGACAGUGUCCUUGGCCUGUGUUCCCUGACACUACUUCUCCUGGCAGGUCUAUUGAAAUAAGGAGAAAGAUUCUGUGGAUAACGUAAUCGGAGCAAAGUGACCAUAAGUUUACAGUCUUAAGAACUGAUUUUUCUAUGAAGUGCACUGUGAUGGGCAUGAAGGACAAUGAUGUUGGCAUUAAUUACAGUCUCAACAUUUCAUGUCUUAUUACCCAUUUUCUUUACUGCAGUUUGGAGUACAGCUACUGUUGUGCUGCUUUUUUUGCACGACAUUGUCUUUGCUUGUUCUUUUGAAGUCUACUUCUUUUUUAGACUCACCUGUCUUUGGAAAACAGCCUGCUGCGAGAUAUUUUUGGAGAUGGAAUGAAUGGUGAGCCACCCACAGUAGACCAUUAGUUUAUCAUGUCAGGGUAGAACUCCGAUUUUAAAAAUAACCCCUAGGUGGCGGUGAUGUCAAUAUUUUUUGUUUAGGCUCACGUUAAGUCCUUGGAUUGUUAAUGAUACAUACAUCGUGGGGGGGCUUACUUUCUUUGGAAGACAAGAGGUUUAAACUUUUGCAAAAGACUACUACUACUAGAGUACUCAGUGGGAAGGGUUGUUCUUUUAUAGUCCUUACAUGACUUUUACUACUGAGCUUCUGCUGAAUAAUAAGAAAAGAGUGAUUAAUUUGGGAAAUUGGGCUGCUAGGGCUAUGAUAAUGAAGGUUUUCUCUUUCAACCAGACUGAUAGACACACAAAAGAUGAUUGAACAGUGAAGGGAAUAUACAAUGUGAUGCAGACACAGCUUAUAUAAAACUAUAUAUAUAUAUAAAAUAUGUUGAAGUGCCGUUAGAGAAUUGAUCAGCUGUUGUAUUCAGUUGCUGCAAAAUAACUUGUUUUAUAUUUGAUUCUCUGAAGAGAAAUUCGGUUAAGGUGGUGCGACAGCAAGAAACUGGAAAGCCAUUAACUGUCCAAUAUUACCCAGAGUCCUGUCUCUGCAGUUCUUUGAGUACUCCAGCCAGAACAAGGUCCACUAGAACAUGCAAAAGGGUUUUUUUUUCCUAAAUUUAACAGAAUGAUCAACUUGACCAUCAGUUUUAAAGAUGAUCCUUUCUCUUGAUUCCUUGAAACAAAUAUUGUACAGACUAAGUGCCUUUUUUCCCCCAAGUCUGAGGAUAACUUAAUCCUGCACUCCUCAACUCUGAUUAUUUGAUAAAUAUUUUUAAACCAUAAUUUAUUAUGGUGCUAAGAUAUUCAGACUUUAUUUGGCUGACAUCUCAAAACCUCACUGUGCUCCCUGUGCAUUAGCACACAUACAGGAAAUGAGGGAGAAGCCACACCCAUUGUGGCUUCCAGCAUUUUAGAUGGAUUUUUUUUUUUUUAAAAAUGGUUAUAAGAUUGUGUAGAGGGUGAAGUGGGUAGUUCCUUACAAUUAUGCUAAUCUCUGCUGGGAGAGCUCACUUGUAGAAAGCAGAACCCGCAGCACCUCACAACCUCUAAAAGCAAUUUCAAUGCUGUCUGCUAAUGUACUGCUGCAGUGUGAUGCAAAAAGAAACCCAUUUGUUUCAUGUGGAGAGGACAUAGAAAUGGUGUACAGUUCAUGUUCUGUGUUUGCAGGCUGCACAUUUUCAGAUACUUUGUCACUGUUUUCUAGUAAGAAGUGCAUAGUACCCCAUCCAAGUAUGGUGUAUACAGAUUUGAAGUUUGGAAUAAUAUAAAUCAGCAUGCUGGAAUUCAUCUGCAGGCGGACUAAUUAUUUAUAACACUGGUGUUCAAGUGACCUUAU